AUGUCUACUGAGUUGGAGCUGCCUUUCCGGUCGGACACCCAGCUGACGGAGGUGAUGCGCCUGCGGGUUCAGUCCCUGCAGCAGCGUGGGCUGAAGAGGCAGGACGGCGAGCGCCUGCUGCAGCCCAACGAGGCCGUGUACCGACUAGACUUCUCCGAUCAGUCCCUCCGAUUCUCCCACUGGACGGUGCGUCUGUCCCAGCCGGGUCGCCUCACCAUCACAGCCACCUCGCAGCUCUGGACGCCCGACCUCACCCACCUGAUGACCCGUCAGCUGCUGGAGCCCGUCGGGGCUUUCUGGAGGGCGCCGGGGGCCACCGACGAUACGCCCAUCCAAUGCCAUGAAGCUGACGCACAUGAGUUUGGAGAGAGGAUCGCCGAGCUGGCCAAGGUAAGGAAGGUGAUGUACUUCCUGUUUGCCUUUGCGGAUGGCUGCAACCCCCAGACUGUCGACUGCUCCAUCACCUUCACAGUGGACAGCUGA